UUUCCCAACCUCUUGGUUACCUUAUGGAGGUAAACAACACCCAUCUUGUAAAUAAUUUCCCAUUAAGGCUCUGGUAAGAGCUGGACAGUGUUUCUCCAGGUUGUUGGCAACUCUAGUUUGAUUAGCUUCCAAGCAGAAUGGACAAUAUGACUUGAGCCUGCAAUGAGGUCCAUGGAUGGCAGAAUCAUAGCACAGGCAUUCAGCUUUGAUCAGAAUUUCAAAGGCUAUCAACAGGAAGAUUUUCUUAUGGGCUUUUUUAAUGACCCAGAUGUUAACACCAAUUUGAAAAUGCUUUCGUCCUCUGGACAAUGGACUACAUUAAAUACCAGUGUGAAAAAAGUUGAAGUGAAGAAUAUUCUGUGUACCAAAGUUUCCAUGUCAUUUUUUGAUCGAUUAUAUUGUGAAGGCGUUGUUCGAGAAAAUGGAUAUAUUGUCAAGUGUUUUGAUGAAUACUGUGAUGAUACUCUAAUUGCUGAUGAGCUAAGAAAGGUACUUCUUUUGGAAGAUUCAGAUCACUUUGAUUUAUUCAGCCUUUCUGAUCGUGAGGAGUUUCUCUUCUGUCUUUUUAAGCAUCUUUGCCUUGGAGGAACUCUUUGUCAAUAUGAAGAUGAUCUUGGUCCAUACUUAGAAACAACAAAGGCUUUAUAUAAAGAUCUAGUAAGUGUUCAAAAGGAUCCUGAAACUAAGGAAAUAAAUAUAAUAUCUACUGUUUUUAAAGUCUCUGCCUAUGAUGCCCGUGGCCUUUGUUAUCCUUCGUCUAGCAGCCAUGAGCAAACAUUUGCUUAUUUGAUUGUCAACCCUUUGAAACGACAUGUCUAUGUUUUGUACCACUCUUUUGGUACGAGUUCCUUCUGCAAUUGACUGAUUUCAGUGGCUAUUGAAUAAGCGGACGAGCCUUUUAGAAUAUAGGUUUGUCAGGAUCUCUUUCUUUUCACAGAAAUCCAUGAGAUUGUUGAUUUUUAUAUGCUCAGUGUUUAUAUUUUUAAUGUUUCCAUUUGUGUAUUCAGACCAAAAGUUGUAGGAGAGUUUUGCUGCUGCCGAGUUGUACCUAAGUCCUCCUCAUCUUCUUUUUCUUCAAACUGUGUGAAAUACAAGUGUUUUAAAUACAAGAUUACUUCUAGGUAUCAUUAAAAAAAAAAGAAAUACAGCAUUCUGAAAUAGUUUUCCAGGCACAAUUGUGGGAAGAAAGUUUUUUUUCAUCAAUGACAAUACAAUGUAUUUAUAAAAUUAGUAAAUCUUGAAUUACUGCGAUCCAGUCUUAAAUGUUUACUCAG